AUGGCCAAGGCACACGAAGCGAUGAUCAUUGCGAGAACGACAACCAAGUCCGCGAUGCAGUAUGCGACCGAUAAGACAGGUGUGCAGAUGAAGGCCAACAUCCCCAAGGACCACUGCCGCCAGUCGUGCCAUGUGGUCAAAGCUGAAACAAGCUGGGAAAAAAAAAGCACGGCCGAGCGCAAGGUCCUCGUAUACCGCAGAAUCCGGAGGCAGGGCCACUCAAAACACCGCAGACGAAAUUGA